AAUAAAGCAACUAAAAUAGGUUGUUUUCAUAAAUAUUCUAUAAAAAUUGAUCUUUAAUUUAGAUAGGUUGCUUUUUACGAUAGUUUGAGAAAUAAAUAUUUUUCUGUAAAGCUGAAUAAACUUAAAUCGAACAGGCUUCUUUGAUUCUCAUAACCAAUAUAUGAGGUCUCGUAUUAUACAGAAAACCAAGGAUUUGUGUUGACUCAUCGCAACUGCUAAUAAACCAGCUCUAAAUUUAUACUAAAAUCAUCAGUGAAAACAGCAAAAGGAAAAGAUUUAAUAUCAUCAUCACCCUAGAGUACUUUAAAGUUUCAUCCCUUUGUUUUCCUUUUUUACACGUUCUCCCAGCCCUACUCAUUUCUAAUCCCAACAGGCCAUAAUCACGGUUCUCGGAGUUGAUUUAGCUCUUAAAUCCUUUAGUUACCGCGGCGCGGAAACUGAUUUUAAUUAGGGUUGACGAAAACCCUUCGAAAAAUGACCAAUUCCGGCAGGUAGCUCGCUAAUUAAAAACUUCCACCGUCUACUACCGUUGUUUUUUCCGAGUCGCAGCGGAGGGGAUCGAGGGAGGAAAUCGAGGGUAUCCAACCCUCUAUAACAACGACGCCGACGCCGCGCGGCGUCGCCACGUUCACUGCAAAUACGGUUUUUGGUUCAGUCGUGUUACGACUUCAUAACGUCUCCCGGACGUCCUCGUCACCCAUUGAUAUCGCGUUUCGUCACGUGGACCCAUCAUGCCAUAACAACCACCUGUAAUUGUAAAAUGUGAAUUCCCACACCUGGCUUAGUUCACAUCCUGAAAACAAAUGGGGGCGCACCAAUCGACCAGGUUGGACAAGAAUUUCGUCGGCGACGAUGUGAAUUUCGAUCAUUUCCAAAUACUAAGGGCUAUUGGAAAGGGGAGCUUUGGAAAAGUAUGCAUCGUACAAAAAAAAGAUACAAAACAAAUGUUUGCAAUGAAAUACAUGAACAAACACCAAUGUAUGGAAAGAGAUGCCCUUAAGAACGUGUUAAGAGAAGUGGAAAUUCUGACCAAAUUGGACCAUCCGUUUCUCGUCAAUAUUUGGUUCUCAUUUCAAGACGAAGAGGAUCUCUUUAUGGUCACCGAUCUUCUUAUUGGUGGAGAUUUGAGAUACCACAUCACACAAGAAGUCAAUUUCACAGAGGAAGGAGUCAAAUUAAUUAUAUGCGAAGUCGCUUGCGCUCUCGACUAUCUUAAAUCGAAGAGAAUUAUUCAUAGAGAUAUCAAACCCGACAACAUUCUUCUCGACGAAGACGGUCACAUUCACAUCACCGAUUUCAACAUUGCAACGGUUCUUAAUACUUCCGAUUUAGCCACUUCUAUGUCCGGUACCAAACCGUACAUUGCCCCGGAAAUUUUUGAUUGUGCGUUAGAUCUUUGCGUUGGAUAUUCGUACGCUGUUGAUUGGUGGUCUUUAGGUGUUGUGGCUUAUGAGAUUUUAAGGGGAUGUCGCCCUUACGAUAUCCAUUCUGGGACAACUAUCCAAGAAGUUAGGGUUCUUUUUCAUUUGGGGGUUGAGUAUCCUUCUUCUUGGAGUGAUCAUUUAGUCGAUUUACUUUCAAAGUUGCUAUGUAUUAGCCCUGGGGAACGAAUUUCGUCUCUACAAGAGUUAAGAAAAGUUAAAUGUCUUCAUAAAUACGACAUGGAUUUAGUUUUACAAAGAAAAUACAAACCAUAUUUUGCUCCCCCCAAGGAUCAUUUAAAUUGCGACCCAACAUUCGAGCUCGAAGAGAUGAUCAUUGAAACGAAACCAUUACACAAGAAAAAGAAGCGCUUGGCUAAACAAAGAUCAAUCAGAGAAAUCCAAGGAAUCAACGUGGAACAAGAAGAAUCUCCAUCAGAUCAACCAGGUAUUAUCCCAGAAUUUAAAAUUUACAAUCGAUUUCAAGAACUUGAACGUAAAGAACGCGAAAGAAAAGAAUUAGCUUGGGAAGAAGAAUUACGCACGGCAAUGAACCUUUCAGAUCCGUUGGAAACUAAAAAAUUCGACGAUCCUCAAAUUCCCACCUGUCAAAGUUAUCCGAAAUUGGAUCAUUGCUGCGCGUCUUCUCCGCGAAUUAAAAAAAUGAUGAGUUAUGACUCGACCCUGAAAAAAGGAAGUAAAUCGUUCGAUAAAUUUAAAUCGGGUGGUGAUGGGGCGAUAUCGUCAUCCCAAGAAGAUCGAUUGAAUGUUCCGAAUACGGUGAAAACGACCGCUAAGAAAGAAAAGGGAGUGUUGCAAAAUAUCGAUUUUAUUGAUAGGACGCCUUCGCCUGUUGAAAUUUCGGAUGGUACUGUUAUAUUUGUAUGUGACAGCUUAGAUUUAUUUUUAAAAAAGUGCAGUAAAAAGCUCGAAAUCGAUGCGAAAUUAAUUUUUACCGAAGACGGUGGCGAAAUCGAUGAUAUCCACUUAAUCCGUGACAACGAUAAACUGUUUAUAUCAUCGGGUGAACAUUUUAUAAACGAAAAAAAAUUACCAUCGGAAUGGAUCACUUUAAAUAUUGGCGGGAAAUUAUUUACCACAUCAAAAACCACCCUGACAACAAAAGAUCCUUUUAGUAUGUUGGCGCGGAUGUUUGCUGAAGAAAAAGGGGACUACAUUUACACCCCAAGCAAUAAAGACGCCUCAGGAGCUUUCCUUAUCGAUCGUAGCCCAACUUAUUUUGAACCAAUCUUGUAUUAUCUUCGAAACGGUCAAUUAAUUUAUGAUGAUAACGUCAAUCCUGAAGGAAUACUUGAAGAGGCUAGAUUCUAUGGUAUUGAAUCUUUAGUUCCUAUUUUAGAAAGAAUUAUUACAGCGAGACAAAUCCCGCGAGAUGAACUUCCUCUAACUAGAAGAGACAUUAUUGAUGCAUUAAUUCGAUGCCCUUACACUUCAGAAUUAAGAUUCCAAGGUGUUAGUUUAGCCGGAGCCGAUUUAAGUAAAUUAGAUCUCAGAUAUAUUAAUUUUAAAUAUGCCAAUAUGCAGAAUUGUAAGUUAGUUGGAGCCAAUUUGAGUUGGUGUUGUUUGGAAAGGGCCGAUUUAUCUCAAGCUAUUUUAGAUGGAGCUCAAUUACUUGGUGUUAAAAGUUUAUGUGCAAACAUGGAAGGUGCCCAAUUACGAAAUUGUAACUUUGAAGAUCCAGCUGGAAGUAGGGCUAAUAUGGAAGGUGUGAAUUUGAAAGGUGCCAAUUUGGAAGGAAGCGAUAUGGGUGGUGUUAAUUUGCGUGUUGCAACUCUUAAGAAUGCUAAGCUAAAGAAUUGCGAUUUGAGAGCUGCUGUUAUGGCAGGGGCAGAUCUUGAGAAUUGCGACUUGUCUGGAAGUGAUUUACAUGAAGCAAACUUAAGAGGGGCCAACCUAAAAGAUGCUACCUUUGAAUUAAUGAUGACCCCUUUGCAUAUGUCUCAAACUAUUCGCGAAGAGAAAGACAUAAAAGUCGGAAAACAAACGUAUAGACGUAAAGUAUGGGAUUAUUUAGAAAAAAAUAAGCUGACGAAUUUUCCGAAACCCGUUCACGGUCGCAUACCAAACUUUAAAGGGAGCGAAGAAGCCGCGGCUAAACUCCUCGAACUUGACGAAUUUAAAAAUUGCAAAUAUAUCGAAGUUAAUCCGGAUAAACCCCAAGAAGCGGCGCGAAUCGUGGUUUUGGAGAAUCAAAAGAAUUUAUACGUUCCCGUUCCUAGACUUAAGGAGGGUUUUUUGAAAUACAUUACCAUUCCAGAAGGGGCCACUAAAAACGAUAUAAAAAAUGCGGUAAGUCGACGCGGACUCGAACAUAAUGGCCAAACUAUUGGAAUUACUGAUCAAAUUCCCAUUGAUCUUUUGGUACUGGGAAGUGUUGCAGUAUCAAAAGAAGGUUAUCGAAUUGGUAAAGGAAGAGGUUAUGCCGACUUGGAAUUUGCAGUUUUAUUAGAAAUGAAUGCUGUUAGUGAUAAAACAACUGUUAUUACAACAGUUCAUGAUUCACAAGUGUUUGAUACGUUACCAAAAGAAAUUUUUAAAGAAUACGACGUCCCAGUUGAUUACAUUUUGACGCCAACUCAAAUAAUUAAAAUUGAAAAACGUUUAGAUAGACCAAUUGGGAUUUUGUGGAAUAUCCUCUCGCAAAGGCGUUUGAAUUUGAUGCCGAUUUUAAAAGCUUUAAAAGAAGUACAAGAAUUAAAAGGAAAAGACACAACAUUAAAAGAAGUUGACACAGAUGUUGAAAGUUACGAACCAAGAAGACGUUUUAAUUACCGUUUUCGUCGUUUUAAGCGACGACGUCCCCUUUCUGAGACGAAAAAUUCCGAAUCUCAAGGUGAAGAGAAUAACGAGAAUAUUCAUCCUAGACAAUUUCAAAAAAAGAAGUUUUUUAGGCGACGUAAAAUUGUCAGAAAAGACGAUAAACCAAGCGAAAAUGGGGACACGAGUUUUGGUGAAAAUGGAAAUAUUACGCCAAAAGCGAACAAUACCAACCAACAAGCACCGAGAAGAAACGCCCCUUUCACGCUUUUUCGACGUAAUAAACGUCAAAUUGAUUUUUCCUUGAUGGUGAGCAAUAUUGAGAAAAAUGUUCGAGUUCGUGAUUUGAAAAAUGCUUUGAUUGAACGGGGUAUAAAACCGAAUGUGAUUACAUGGCGCGGGUACAAAGGGAUUUGUUAUUUACAUUAUGCCAAAGCGAAUGCGAAAGCUGUUAAAAAUGAUCAGCAACAGCCUCAAUCGCCGAUUAUUGUCGAUGAUGUUAUUGAGAUUUUGCAAAAUUUGAAGAUUGGUUCUGAAUCGGAAACGACUUUAAACGUGAAGAUUAUGGAACCGAUUUCUAGGAUUGAAACGACGAAUGUUACAGCUGUUUAGGUGAAGAAAAAUGUUGAUUUAAAAUGAAUAUGAUGUAAUGUGUGGAAGAAAUGGUUUGUUUUUGAUGAGAUAAAAAUGAUUUUUAGAGUUUCCUAAAGCUUUUUUUAUAAAAAGAGUUGCUUUUGA